UGACACUGUCACAGCCUUUGACAUUGGCCACAUAGUACGUACAUCAUAGCAAGACUUGGUCACCAGUCCACGCUACCUCAGCAGCACUCAUGUUCCAAAGCAUUUCGUCUUGGUGGUCACCGACACCGACACCAACACCCGCACCCGCACCCGCACCCGCACCCGCACCCGCACCCGCCCUGAAAGAAAAAUAUGAUCCCACAGACCCUAAGAUGAACCCUCUCAACCCUCAAGGUCUUAAACCAUGUUGUGCCUGCCCAGAAACGAAAUCCUCUCGCGAUGCUUGUUUUCUACAGAAUGGAAACGAAGAAGGAAAAUGUGCUGAGGUACUCAAGAAGCAUGUCGAAUGCAUGCGAGGGCUCGGAUUCGACAUCUAGUUGCCGCGAUCAUACUGUCGGUAACGCCGCGCACCCAGCAACAACCCGACUCCCGUUGGCUGGCACCAGAUUUUUUGGCCAGUCGUAGAAAACCCCCUUGUUUCCUUGAGAUCAAAACACGCAGAGAGAUGAGUCUAUACUUACACCCCCACUCUAUUUCGUCUAUCGAUA